CGACCCGCUCGCCGCCGAGGCCCCACGGCGCGGGCGGCCGGGGCGGCGACGACGGGGGUCGCGGGUCAGGGGCCUCCCUGAUGCUUGGAGCAGAAAGGCGGCGCUGGUGGCUGGCGUCACCUUGGAGAGGAGCUGGAGACUAGCCAGAUAAAGAGCACUGAACAAAUGCUGGUUCCAAAUCCCUGGCAGGGACCGGAACGCCUCUGCUGUGCUGAAAGCCGACCCGAGCACAGAUCGUGAGCGCGCAGUUACAGGAGCUGCUGUCAGUUUCUGUCUAGUUGUACAAUGUCCUUUCAUUCGGGACACCAGGUACACCUUUGCAAAUUUAGUGGUCCACGUCGUGGUGUCAGAAUCGCUGCAGACACAAGUCCCCCCUGCGGUGGGCGCCUCGUCCCUUGUCAACUGCACGCCUAAUACAGUGCACACAGCCGUCACCAGGAAACGCUGCGGCCAGGGCACUGCUGACCUGCUUGCCGACUCACGUAUGGUUCUUAAGUGUCUUUUCAGAAUGCUCGGAGGCGCCUCUCAAGUUUCCUCGCAGAGAACCCUCACAAGGGUGUUGCCUGUAAAUGGCCUGAAUGUCUCAUUUGUACCAGUAGGUUAAAGAAGGAAUCCUCAAAACCCAGCAGCUGAAAUACCGCUUCAUUAGUGCAUUUAGCGCAAAGCACGGGCUCAGAGGCCUCCUGCGCAGGAGCCCAGGAGAGGGGAGGUUCCGGCCAGUGAUGAGCGGCCGCGUCCCGCUGGCAGAGAAAGCCCUGUCCGAAGGCUACGCCCGGCUCCGGUACCGGGACACCUCCCUGCUCAUCUGGCAACAGCAGCAGCAGAAGUUGGCAUCUGUGCCGCCCGGGACGUACCUAAGCAGGAGCCGAAGCACGUGGUACUCACAGUACGGAAAUGAGGCCAUCCUCGUCCGGGACAAAAACAAGCUGGACGUCUCCCGGGACACGGGGCAAUCCAAGUUUUGCUCUGUUAUGUAAUUCUGGUGUGAAAGCCUGAGCCCAGGCACCCAGCCGCCUUGCUGAUCCCUAGUCCUUACUGGGAGAUCCUGAACAGUGAACGUGAAGGUUGAGCUGUGGUAGAAGAAGCCCAAAAUCCCAGAGAUGGCGCCCCGGCCCAUUCGCAGUCGGGCUGAUGGGUGGACUGGGCUCCUGGACUCCAUUCUGAUCCUGCAGGCGCUGUAGGCACAGGCCAGGUCCGGGGCCCGGCCAGAUGCUGUUUUGGUCAUGCUUCCGAAUAAGUCAAGCGGGAGGGACACCCCGGUUACAGACCACCUCUUCACAUUCUUACAGGCUGUCCUUUAGGUUUCCCUUCUGCCUGGUAAAGAGUGGGUCAGAUCUAGAAAAAGGUGAAGGAAUUGGCAUCAUGUCGGGUCGCAGAUCCACGUGCGGGACCACGAUGUGCGGGACCAAGACGGAUUCACCCUAAAUGGUCAUCGGCAGCAGCAUUUCAGCAGGGACUUUGUGGCACUUGAGUUUUGAGUCUAGUAACCAAAAUGAUCACUGCGUGUGAGGCACUGUGAUGGCUCCUACACUAGCUUCCUGAUGCUGGAGGUUUGUGGGGCAAAGGCAUCCCCAAAACAUUAAGGAAACCCCCAAAUUAUCAAGUUACACAAAAGUUGCUGACAGUGAUUUCAUAUUUAAUCACAGGGCUGAAAUAGGCAGGUCCUCAGCGGACAGUAGUUCAGCCUCGACUCCGAGGCUGCACCUCCCGGCCACCUGCAGUGUUUGAUGUGCGUGGGCCGUGGCCACACACAAGCAGCCUCGGCCCACCUGUGUGGGCAGCUUAUGAGUCAUUUUUAAAGGAUCUGCUGUAAGUAAGGUCUGUGUGGCGAGGCAAACGUGGACGUGUCUUUCGUCAAAGCUGAGUUUUCUUUUCUAAAUAAAUCUCCUUUAGGAGCCGC